AUGGCAAUGAAUAAAUCUACUAUAAAACAGAAUGGGCACUCAAGUAUGAAUGAAAAUCGAACGGAUGAUGAUUACGGUGGAGGUGGAAGUGAACAAAAUACACAAAUAUCUACAACAAACCGAAGUGUUGAGAAUCGCAAAUCCCGUUCAAAUUCACAUCAUAUUCGUGCGAACAUGCGCGUCGACGCUACUCGGUGGUGGCUAGUUCACUUUAUUCAACGGUUUAUUGUCGAUCCAAAACGAACAUUAACGCGCAGUCGCAGUGCAACUGAUGCAACACGAUUUUUACGUCAUAUUCAAGCGCGUAUAUCAACAGCCAUCAAAUGUGAUACCGCUUAUGAAGAAUCAUCGAAUAGCACAAAGCGAAGAACUAGUGCUUGUGAUCAUAAUCAUAUGUCUGAUUAUGAAAAUGGUACAUGUGUUCGAACACGUUCACAAUCGGUCCCAAGUCAUGUCGUUUCAAAUUCCAAUCAUCAGAUGUUGUCAAUCAAGCGUCAAUCACAGCCAAUUGUACGUUCAUCAUCAGUGCAUGAUCUUAAUCGACAUGAAGUAUUCCGUGCGAAUGAAUUGGAUUUUGGUCCUAUCAUCGGUCAGGGAUUUUAUGGUAUUGCGCGAACAGUUACACUACGCAGAACUGGUCAGAUAAUGGUGAUGAAAGAAACCAAAACUCUCGAUAAAGAAGCACAAAAAAUCUUUGUAAAAGAAGUUCAAGUUCUAAAGCGACUCAAACAUCCGAAUGUACUGAACUUCAUGGGUUUACUUCUCGAUAAAGACAACCAAAUGUGUUUUCUUGUUGAUUACAUUGCCGGUGGUACACUUAAGAACAUUAUUCAUGACUUAUCGACAACAUUGACAUGGCUACAACGCCUGCGCUAUGCAAAAGACAUAGCUGCUGGAAUGGAAUAUUUACAUUUGUGUAAUAUUAUCCAUCGCGAUCUGAACAGCUCCAACUGUUUAGUGAAAUCCGAUGGCCAUGUCGUUGUUGCUGAUUUCGGUCUCUCAAGAAUCAAUCUUGAGGAUGAUGACGAAACAGCAAUGUCCAUGAAUGAUGGCUCAUCAGGCAAUUUUCGACGAGAUCAACGUAGUACAAGUACCACCAUUACCUCCAACGGAAGCGUCGUCGUUGUUCGACCGAAAACUCGGCGACAAUUGUUAAGAGAUCGACAACGAUAUACGGUUGUCGGUUCACCAUAUUGGAUGGCACCGGAAAUGCUGAAAGGUCAAUGCUAUGACGAACGUGUAGAUAUUUUCUCAUUCGGCAUUAUGCUUUGUGAAAUUAUCGGCCGUGUACAAGCUGAUCCUGAUUAUUUACCACGUACACAAGAUUUUGGUUUAAAUGUGCAUUUAUUCAAUCAAAAAUAUUGUAGUAAAGACUGUCCGAAGCAGUUCAUCGCUAUAGCAAUAGCGUGUUGUGACAUAAAUCCUGAUUCCAGGCCGGCAUUUUGUGUGUCUCAUCCAUGGCUCGAAGCUCUUGCCUUAAGUGUAGAAACAGGCGUUUGUCUAUCAUCUUCAUCGUCUUCGAAUCCAAACUCAAAUCGCAUCUCCAAUGGAGAUUAA